AGCUCAGAAAUCAAAUAAGCACUGCCCCCUCAACACAACACGCACGUGCGCGCAUGCACGGCCACGCAUUUUGGAGGAAUUAACCCUCAUUUUUCAGGGCAGGACGGCACCUAUGAAGUUUUUUUUUUUUUUAAAUCCAGUUUACAACACGCCACGUCUUUUUUUCUGCUUUCUGAUUUUAUUGAACAUGUGACUGAAUUAGAGGCUCACAUGGCUGAGGUGGCUGCAUGAUCCGCUUUAGCUUUUCUUUUCUUUUUUUAUAAGUCUGGUGAUCGGUAGCUCCCUCGGCAGCGACCAUCCAGAGCAGAGGACCGCUGCUCCACACGGCGCCCACCCGGACGAAUCAUGGCGAACAGCGGGCAGAAAGUUGUGCUGAUCACCGGCUGCUCCUCCGGCAUCGGGUUACGAAUCGCCGUCACGCUGGCCGAAGAUGAAAAGAAGCGUUACCAUGUCAUCGCCACCAUGCGGGACCUGAAGAAGAAGGACAAGCUACUGGAGGCAGCUGGAGACGCGUAUGGCAAGACGUUGAUGUUGCUCCCACUGGACGUGUGCAGCGACGAUUCAGUCAAGCAGUGCAUCAACAAUGUCAAGGACCGCCAUAUUGAUAUCCUGAUCAACAAUGCAGGCGUGGGCUUGCUCGGGCCUGUGGAAAGCAUCAGCAUCGAGGAGAUGAAGAGAGUAUUUGAGACCAACUUCUUCGGUGUAGUUCGCAUGAUCAAAGAAGUGAUGCCAGACAUGAAGAAGAGGCGUUCAGGACACAUCGUGGUCAUGAGCAGUGUCAUGGGUCUUCAGGGAGUGGUGUUCAAUGAUGUUUACACUGCCUCUAAGUUUGCCAUGGAAGGUUUCUGUGAGAGUAUGGCGGUGCAAUUGAUGAAGUUCAAUAUCCGGUUGUCCAUGAUUGAGCCGGGCCCAGUGCACACAGAGUUUGAGACGAAGAUGAUGGAGGAUGUGGCCAAGAUGGAGUACCCAGGAGUAGAUGCUGACACAGUUCGGUAUUUUAAAGACGUUUACCUGCCGUCGUCCAUAGAUAUAUUUGAAGCCAUGGGCCAGACGCCAGACGACAUAGCCAAAUGCACUAAAAAGGUAAUUGAGUCAAACAGCCCUCGCUUCAGGAAUCUGACCAACAGCCUCUACACACCCAUCGUGGCCUUAAAGUACGCAGAUGAGACUGGCGGCCUUUCUGUCAACACCUUCUACAAUCUACUCUUCAAUUUUGGCCCCCUCAUGCACAUCACCAUGAGCAUCCUCAAGUGCCUGACAUGCAGCUGCCUGCGCAGACGCACCGUCUCACCUAACUAAAGAGGAUGACCAGUCCCCGCCCCCUUACCUUUACCCUCCCCGUUUGUUGACCCCCCACACCAAGUUCCUACUGCCUUUUCCUGAGGAUUCGGGCUCAGCAGGUAGACUAGAGCCAGUAACCCAGGAAAGGGGAGGUGCCUUGUAGUUCAAAGACACUACUACCAUGAUAAGCUUUGCCAGACAUCACGCACAAUUGCACAAGUUGUACACAGAGAUGUUGUAUUCAGGAUGACAUCAUGUUUUCAACACACAGAGAGAAACAUACAUACAUAAAACACAGAAAUACAAGCAAACACACACAAACAUUGGAUUAUUGUCCACACAUAAUAUAAAGCCGAGGCCUUGCCUUAUACCGUGGUUAUUUAGUGGUAGGAUGUCUGUAUUGUUUAUAUGAGAACUCACAGACCGGACAAGAGAAGCGAGCCCCAUGGACAGACAACAAAGCACAAAAAAAUGAACUCUGUUACAGAGAGAAACAAUACAAUUAUAGAGAAAUAGUUCUAUAACUUGUAUCCUAGAUAACUGUACACUCAGGCUCACCAGAGUUAUAACAUGUAUGACAGAGACCGAAUGAAUUUAUCUUCUUUAAUUGUUUUGUGACCUUAAUUUCAUGUUGUUAGUGUUGGUCAUAACUGCUGUUAAAUCAUAUUUUUUAAUAUGUCGAUAAACUAAAGGUUUGUGAAGGUCAGAUAUUUUUAAUCUAGCUUCUUGAUUUAAAAAUAAAUACAAUUUCUGAUUUCUGA